AUGGCGACCGCGGACCGCGCGACGCAGAUCACGCGCGAGUGGUUCGCGAAGUGUGCGAACGUCAUCCUGUGCUCGCGGCUCGCGGACGACGACCCGCACGCCGCGCAGACGCCGACGCGCGCGAGAGACCGAUGGUUCAACCUGGAUAUGGACGAGCACGCGACGCACGCGUCUUCGAUCAAACCGUGGAGACGCGGCGGCGCGGCGAGCGUCCACGCGUCCACGCCGCUCGUGAUCGACGUCUUCGUGGACGCGAGGAUGCGAGACGUCGACGUCGCCGACGACGCCACCGCCGCGGAAGCGGUAUCGCGCACGCUCGUGGAGCGCUGGGUCUUAUCCCACGACGCGCGGUGCCGCGGCGACGGCGAAGAAGAAGAAGAAGUAGUAGAAGAAGAAGAAGAAGAAUGCACUUCUUCGAGCAGCGACGUCGCGGUGACGUAUAAGCGCGCGGUGAUCAUGGUGCGGUCGCUCCUCGCGCUCACGCGCGCGCUGCCCGCGAAUCGCCUCCAUCGCGCGCGCGUCCGCGGCGGCGCUCGCGACGACGCGUCCUACCGGCUCUCGUGCGAGGUGCGCGACGUCGGCACCCUCGGGACGAAUCCUGGGACCGAUGAAGGUCGGCACCCGGGUGCCGACGCGUGGCGGACGUACGAGUUCGCGCCCGUGGACGCGGCGGCGGCGAGGUGA